CGCCCCGUAGAACGCACCGAUGCCUUUGGCGCAGCUCAGGGGCCUCAGGGGUCCCGGCUGGCCGCCCACUUGGAAUCGGUUCCUAAUCAUCCCGGGGCCUAAGGAGCGAGCGCACUAAGAGAUAAGGAUCCUCAGCCAAGCCGCUUCCCCGGCUCUAAGCUUGCUCCCGGCCCAGCGGGCCACCUUAUGGUCCUACUGCCAGAACGCUCCUUACGAGAACCUCCGCUUCCUACCCGGACGGUUUUGGGGUUGCACCCGACCGCCCUGGAGGGCGGAGCCGGAAGUCGGGAGAGCAGCCGUCUCCUUCUCCUCCCCCCGCCCCGGAAGUCGCAGGGAGGAAGUGUCAUGGCGGCUUCGGCGCGCUGGAAUCACGUGUGGGUCGGCUCGGAGACCGGGAUCUUGAAGGGCGUGAACCUGGUCCGGAAGCAAGCGGUGAACUUCACGGAGGCAGAGGGUAGGCCGCGGCGCGAGGAGGAAGUGAGCGCGCUGUGCUGGGCGGACGCGGCCGAGAGCCAGAUUCUAAUUGGCUGUGCCAAUGGGACUGUGAAAUCCUUCAGCACAGAGGAGGGCAAGUUCCUGAGGAGCCGGUGCUGUCCAGGAGGAGAAGGGACUUUUCGGGGACUUGCAAAGCAUGAUGGCUGCCUUAUCACUUGUGUGGAGUCUGGGAUUCUCCGCGUCUGGCCUGAGGACUCCUCUGAACACAUCACACAGCUCAGUGUGGGUCCAAGUGUGUGCAGGAUGCGCCAGGACCCUGAUCGACCCCACAUAGUGGCCACAGGUGGAAAGGAAAAUUCACUGAAGGUCUGGGACCUGCAGGCAUCGUCCCAGGAACCCAUAUUCAGAGCUAAGAAUGUCCGCAAUGACUGGCUGAAUCUUCGGGUUCCCAUCUGGGACCAGGAUAUCCAGUUCCUUCCAGGGUCACAGAAGAUUGUCACAUGUACUGGACAUCACCAGGUCCGAGUGUAUGACCUGGCCUCCCCACAGCGGCGGCCUGUGCUGGAAACCAUCUAUGGAGAGUAUCCUCUGAUGGCAAUGACUCUCACUGCAGGGGGCAACUCUGUGGUGGUGGGGAACACCCAUGGGCAGCUAGCAGAAAUUGACCUUCGGCAAGGGCGCCUGGUAUGCUGCUUAAAGGGUCUGGCAGGCAGCGUCCGGGGGCUGCAGUGCCAUCCCACUCAGCCCAUUCUUGCCUCCUGUGGCCUGGACCGAGUUCUUCGGGUACAUCGACUUCGGGAACCUCGAGGACUGGAGCACAAGGUUUAUCUCAAGUCACGGUUGAACUGUCUCCUCUUGUCAGGGAGGCACAACUGGGAGCAAACCCCCAACCCUUCCCUUUCACUCACCAGGAUGAGCCCACAGAUCCUGCCCCAGUGCCCUCCGAAGAACCUGAGACUGAUGAGUUGUGGGAUUCGCUGGAGCCAGUGGUUGCUGGGGCCAAGAGGAGACAGAGGUCUCUGGAGGCCCAGCCUGGGGGGAAGAAGAAGCAACAGGCGUUGGGUGGCCCCUCACUUCUGUCCCCCCUUUGUAAAUAAAGAAGUCACCACCUUUCUGUGA